GUGUACUACCAAGUGAGACACAGAAGACAUCGUCAUGAUAAACUUACUCUUUAAAGCUCAAGAGAUGUGUCUUUCGGACUUGGAAAACUUAAUUGCCGUAUGAGCUGUAGUAGCCCAGCCAUGAUUCCAUGGAGCGCUUUCUUUCAUCUGGAUGACUGACUAGCAUGCUGACCCACACGGUGGCCGUGUUGGCCGCUUUGUCGUUUUGUUUGGGUCGGUGCUAUGUCUCCGAGUAUCGCGGUUCACAAUGUGACAAUGGAAAGCUGUUUGUGGAGAGGGACCUACCGCCAGACGAUGUCUACAAGGGAUGUCCCGGAUCUGCUUGGCUUGAUUCCACUCAGAGACUCCCCAGUGUUUACACAGUGUAUGAUCCCGAGCCCGCUAGGCAGAUCUGCAUGGAUAAACCCAUUUCCUAUCGCCACAGCAUCCCUAACAGUGGUGCAUACAGACCGGUCCAAGCCGAGAGUGGAGAAUACUUCUACUGCCCUCCUCAACGCUGGCUCAAUAAUCUGCAUCAUGGAGCGGCUGUAUUGCUCUACCAUCCCUGUACUGCUAUCAGCGAGCGGCUCCUUGUGUCCGUCCUUGCCAACUCCUGUCUGCCUGACUACAUCGUCAGCCCACAUCCACAGCUCAGUAAAUCCAUGCCAAUAGCUUUGGUGUCUUGGGGGCAAACGUUGGAGCUGUCCACUGUGGCGUCGUCAGAUGUUUGUCAUUGGCUGCAGAGCACGGCGACCACACGCAAACGGAUCCGUGGAAAGUACAACCUGCUGUUGACCGAGUCAUCAAACCGACAGAGACAGAAGCACACACAUGGAGAGGAAGGCCAGACAGAGCCCAAGGAAUCUCUGAGGCAAUGCUGUGAGCGGAUCAUCUCAUCGUGGCUCGAGGCGGAGAAAGAUUCAACAACCCCGAGGGACAGAAAUGGGGAAGAUCUGCAACGUGAUUCAAAGAAGCGGCAGAAAAGAGCUGCUAUCCGACCCAAACAGAACAACGUUCUAAUGAGGAAUAUACAAGCAAACGGUUCAACUCAGGCAUCCGGUGUUUUGACAUGGCCGGAACUGAAAACCAUCAAUAAGUCUGAGAACACUUCAGACCACAACAGCACACAUGGACCUCCAACAGCUUUGGUGGCUCGCUCAGAUCCUCUUCACCUGAGGGCAGCAACAUCUCUGACCAAGAUCCAAAAUCAGGCUUCCUCAGCCUCGCCCCCAAAACAUUUAAGGUCUAAUGUGUUAGGGGCUACACAUAAGACACUACCUGGGACUGGGACUCAGAGACAUUGGCUUGAAGAUGGUGCCAGUUCUCAAGUUAAAGGCUCAUUGGAACAGAGCGAGCCUGCCAAAUAUGGUUCCACUGCACAAGUGUUAGAUAAUCAAGUAGUAGAUGUAAGAGAGAGAGAGUUGGAGAAAAGUGACAGAGACUCAUUAAAAGGGCAAGAUGAGUCUCCACCCUCAGAACAUUCCACAGCAGCGGCAGUAAAUUACCUGCCUAACAGCCAUGACUGUAGUAGCUGUGUGGAGGACCAACCGUGUGAUUGCAAUAAGGACCCCGAGGGCCGAGCCACACUUGUGAGCAUCGGGUUGCCGAGGACCGCCAGGUCGGAUGAGGCUGUGUGGGCUGCAGCGGCACUGGGUUUCUUGCUCGUUCUCCUCACACUGUCAGUGCUGCAUACGCGCCUUUACCGCCACUGGAGGACCAUGCCGAGUCUCUACUGGCACGAAGCACGGCAGGACUAUGACAGUGUGGCAGAUGUUAUUCGUAGGAGGCUGCAGAUUGCAAAGAGGAGGCGGAAGAGAGGCAGAAGACAGGAGUGUGUUCUCUUACCAAGUAGCUCUAGCUCAGAAGAACAGAUGUAAACAAAUGAAUGAAUUAUUGCUUUGUUUGUGGACUUGCUGAAAUCAGAUUGACGUUUCACAUUAUAACCUUUAAAUGUUUACACCCCUGGCAAAAAUUAUGGUCAUUUCAAAUGGCAUCAUUCUGGCUUUAAGACAACUUAUUAAGAAGGUAAAUCAUCACACAAUGUUGCAAAAGAUGUUCGCAGUCAUCUGUGUGUAGGUCACUGCAAGAUUUUUGCCAGAGGUGUAGAAUUGAACAGGUAGACAAAGCACUCCCAUUACAAUAAGGCAGCGGUGUCCAAAGUUUGUUUUAUUUAUUAUUACUGAAUUUAUGGUUAAUUCAUAAUUUACAAGAAAAAAAAAGUCAUUCCAACAGGAAAAAAGUUGUAAUAUUGUGAGGAAAAAUAAUGUAAAUUACGAGCAUGGAGUUGAAAUAUUAAAGAAAAAGACAAAUUUUAAACAUCACAAUAUGAGAAAAAAGAAAAAUAUUUUGGGGGAAAUUAGGUUCGGGAAACAGUGAAAAUGUUAUGGAAAAAAAAUAUUUUACAAAGAUUAUUUCAGAAGAAUGGUGAAGUAUUGGGAAUAUUUUUUUAAAAAAAUCAACAAAAUUAGAAAGAAAAAAAAACAGAUCAAAGUUCAAUACACCUUGUCACUUAUAUCACAAAGUUGAGAUGCAUUUGCUUUUUGAAAUUUGAAACAUGCCACAUCCACACCACAACUGAGUUAAAAAAAAAACUCAAAGCAAUAUUGAAAUAUUUUAUAUUGUUUCUUAAUGCACAAGUAUUAUCAGGCCUUUCCUUCAUUCUAGGUUUUCGAUAGUUAAGUUGCAUAUUGCGUGUCUUUUUACAUUUUGAAAUGUAGUUUGUAUAUUACGGUUUUAAAUAAAACUUGUUGUGAAAAUUGUGGUUGUCAUACUGUUGUUUUUUCAACAUAAU